AUGAAUCAAUAUAAUGUAUCGUUGACAUCAACAUUGUCGUCUUUAUUUAUUAUUACAAAUCAAUCAUUAAAUCGAACAUCAUCAGUAUCAUCAAUUAGUAAAAAUACAUAUAUGAGAUAUGCUCAAGUUGUUUAUGUUGCUACAUUAGUUAUACUUGGUGUUUUUGGAAAUACGAUUUGUGCAAUUGUUUUUCUUACGAAAUCAUUAAGACGUAUUCGUUCAUCAGCAUAUUUAUUUACUUUGGCAUUAAUUGAUGUUUUCUUCCUUCUUGAUCUAUUACCUGGUAUGAUUCAUACAGCUUUUGUUACUGAUCUAUAUCAUAAAGUUAAUUUUAUUUGUCAUGUUCAAAUAUAUAUUUCAUUUGUUGCUUCAUUUGUACACAUAUGGAUGGUGCUUGGAUUUACAGCUGAACGUUUUUUUGCUGUAAAUUUUCCAUUAAAACAUAUGUCACAAUGUACGCCUAAUUUAUCUCGUGGUGUUAUAUUUAUAAUAAUUAUUCCAGCAUUGAUAUGUUAUAUACAUCCAGCAUUUUUUGUUUCGGAAGUUGAUGAUAAAGGACAAUGUCGAGAAAAAGAUGGUUAUGAACGUUAUUUAACUAAUUUAAAUAUAAUUGAUACAAUAAUGACAAUGUUUUUACCAUUUAUUCUUGUAUCAAUAUUAAAUGUACUUAUUAUUAAUAAACUUUUUUGUUCAAAAACAUUUCGUCAACAUGUUUUUGCUAAUGGAUCGAGAUAUCAAUGUCGACGUACAUCAAAUUGGUCAUUUAAAACAAAUUCAACUCCACAACCACAACAACAACAACCAACAUCAUCAUCAGCAUCAACACCAACUCUUCAACAAAUAAGUCCGUUAUUAUAUCGUUCACAACGUUUAAUACGUCCUUUUCAUCCAGCAGCAACACAAUCGGAAUCAUCUCUAUAUCGAACAUUUACGAAUUCUGAAUCGACACAAACCAAUUUAAAUAAUACAAAUAUUCAAUUAAAUGAAACUCAACAACAACAACAACAAUCAACAAUAACAACAUCAUCAAGUAUAAGAACAAAACAAACACCUGUAUCACGACGUAAUGAAUCAGCACAACGACAUGUUUUAACUGAAUUACGUUUAACAAAAAUGCUUUUAGCUAUAUCAUUAACAUGUCUUUCAUUAAAUUUUCCAUCAUAUUAUCUUCGUUUUAUGUUUUUAUAUAAACAAUCAAAAGAAGAUUCAUCAACAGAUACAACACAUUCAAAUGAAAUUGAUUUUGCUUUUUAUCGAGAUGUUAUUUUUCAUUAUAUGUCAUAUUUAAGUUAUUCAAUUAAUAUUGUUAUUUAUUUAUUAUUUGGUGGAAAUUUUCGUCGUGCAUUAAAACGUUUAUUUUCAUUAACAUCAAAACGUUCAGAAUAUUCAAAUUCAACAUUACGUGGAUUUAAUUCGCUCUAUAAUGAAAAACAAUAUGGAAAUAUGAAUGAUUACGAUUCAGUAGGAUUAACAACUGUCACACCUAAUAGUUCGUUACGGAGUAAUUUUAAAUCAUUUAAAUUACAUGAACAAGCUAGUUUAAAUCGUACAUUACGUCAACAACAAAUAUUCAUCAGUCAACAAAAUAAAACAUAA